UGCACUCGUCUGCACUGACCAGUCCAGUUUGUUGUCCAGGUGGACUCCGAGAUACUUAUAUGACUGAACAUUCUCAAUGAUCUGUCCAUCGAUGAUAACAGGCUGAUGGGAAUGUUUCAGUCUCCGGAAAUCCACGAUCAUCUCCUUGGUCUUCAGUGCAUUGAGGAGAAGACCUUUUCUUCUACUCCAGGCUGUAAAGGCAGCAACAAGAUCUCUGUACUCUCUUUCAUCCCCACCUCUUAUACAUGCCACCACAGCUGUGUCGUCUGAAUAUUUCUGAAUGUGGCAAAGUUCAGACAUAUGUUUAAAAUCAGCAGUGUAAAGAGUGAAGAGAAAUGGUGACAAUACUGUACCCUGAGGAGCCCCAAUGUUGGUUACCACCGUCUCAGACCUGCAACCACCCAAACUGACAUACUGCGGACGCUCUGUGAGAUAGCUGUAAAUCCAUGUGACUAACAUAGCAUCCACACCUAUCAUCUCCAGCUGUUCCCUCAGAAACUGCGGCCUGAUAGUGUUAAAGGCACUUGUAAAAUCAAAAAACAUUAUCCUUGUGUAUCCCCCUGUCCCGUCCAGAAACGAAAGUAUCUUGUGGGUCAUAUAUAUUACUGCAUCCUCCACACCCAUGUUCUCCUGAUAUGCAAACUGUAAGGGGUCCACAGCCUGCUGCACCUGAGGCUUGAGAACCCGCAGCAAAAGCCUCUCCAAUGUCUUCAUGAUCACUGAAGUCAGGGCCACUGGUCUGUGGUCCUUCACCCCUACCGGCCUCCCUACUUUAGGGACCGGCACGAGGCAUGAUGUUUUCCACUGGACAGGCACUUGUCCUGUGCGCAGACUCAGGUUGAAAAUUGAUUGUAGAGGCAUCGCCAGUCCUGAUGCACAUUCUCUUAGAAGCCGAGGCGAUACGCCAUCAGGACCCGCAGCUUUCCCUGGACGCAGCCUACGUAGUUCAGCAUAAACCUCAUCUAUGGAAAAGCUAUGUGGGGUCACAGCAGUACAUCUGGAACAGCUGCCGGGUGGAGCAGUGCAGGUGGUCACAGCAGAGGGGGUGGUACAACUGCCGGAUGGAGUAGAGCAAGUGGUCCCCACAGAGGAGGUGGUACAGCUGCCGGGUGGAGCAGAGCAGGUGGUCACAGCAGAGGAGGUGGUACAGCUGCCGGGUGGAGCAGAGCAGGUGGUCACAGCAGAGGAGGUGGUACAGCUGCCGGAUGGAGCAGAGCAGGUGGUCACAGCAGAGGAGGUGGUACAGCUGCCGGGUGGAGUAGAGCAGGUGGUCCCAGCAGAGGAGGUGGUACAGCUGCCGGGUGGAGCAGAGCAGGUGGUCACAGCAGAGGAGGUGGUACAGCUGCCGGAUGGAGCAGAGCAGGUGGUCCCAGCAGAGGAGAUGGUACAGCUGCCGGGUGGAGCAGAGCAGGUGAUCCCAGCAGAGGAGGUGGUACAGCUGCCGGGUGGAGCAGAGCAGGUGGUCCCAGCAGAGGGGGUGGUACAGCUGCCGGAUGGAGCAGAGCAGGUGGUCCCAGCAGAGGAGGUGGUACAGCUGCCGGGUGGAGCAGAGCAGGUGGUCCCAGCAGAGGAGGUGGUACAGCUGCCGGAUGGAGCAGAGCAGGUGAUCCCAGCAGAGGAGAUGGUACAGCUGCCGGGUGGAGCAGAGCAGGUGGUCACAGCAGAGGAGGUGGUACAGCUGCCGGAUGGAGCAGAGCAGGUGGUCCCAGCAGAGGAGAUGGUACAGCUGCCGGGUGGAGCAGAGCAGGUGGUCCCAGCAGAGGAGAUGGUACAGCUGCCGAGUGGAGCAGAGCAGGUGGUCCCAGCAGAGGAGGUGGUACAGCUGCUGGGUGGAGCAGAGCAGGUGGUCCCAGCAGAGGAGGUGGUACAGCUGCCGGGUGGAGCAGAGCAGGUGGUCACAGCAGAGGAGGUGGUACAGCUGCCGGGUGGAGCAGCGCAGGUGGUCACAGCAGAGCAGGUGGUCCCAGCAGAGGAGGUGGUACAGCUGCCGGGUGGAGCAGAGCAGGUGGUCCCAGCAGAGGAGGUGGUACAGCUGCUGGGUGGAGCAGAGCAGGUGGUCCCAGCAGAGGAGGUGGUACAGCUGCCGGGUGGAGCAGAGCAGGUGGUCACGGCAGAGGAGGUGGUACAGCUGCCGGGUGGAGCAGAGCAGGUGGUCACAGCAGAGGAGGUGGUACAGCUGCUGGAUGGAGCAGAGCAGGUGGUUCCAGCAGAGGAGGUGAGGGGCCCACUGGCUGAACUGAACCUACUAUAAAAGUGGUUAAAUUCAUUGGCCUUGUCCACAUCGCCCACUGUCUCGCUAACUUUACUUUUGUAGCCAGUAAUGGUCUUCAUACCCUUCCACACCUCCCUUGUACUGUUACCCCGCAUAUUCCAUUGCAGACCCCUUCCAAAGUCUCUUCUGGCCGCCCUUAAACUCUUCCUCAACUCAUGUUGCACACUCCUAACCCUCUCACGGUCCCCAGAUUUGAAUGCCUCUUUUUUUAGAUUCAGGAGGCUCUUAAUGUUGCUAGUGAUCCAUGGCUUAUUGUUUGCAAAAGAGUGGACUGUUCUCAUGGGUACCACCACAUCAGUACAGAAGUUCACAUAAUCAGUAACACGGUCCACUAUCCCAUCUAUGUCAUUAUCAGCCUCUUGUGAGACAAUAAGUGUGUCCCAGUCAGUUGAUUCAAAACAAUCCUGUAGAGCUUCGAAGACCUCAGGAGUCCAUUUACG